AUGAAGUUAUUGUACAGUGUGAUAUGGACGUCCUUGGUGUCCGUGGUAUCUGCAGCCACCCACACGCUCAACUUCAACGCAUCGUAUGUAUUGCGUAAUCCAGACGGGGUGCAUGAAAGGCGCGUGAUUGCACUCAAUGACGAUUGGCCCUUACCAAUAAUCCGAAUCAAAGAGGACGACCGGUUGGUGAUCCACUUGACCAACGGAUUAGAUGACGGUCGCAACACGUCGUUGCACUUCCAUGGGAUCUUUCAGGAAAACUCAAACUGGAUGGACGGCCCAGAAAUGGUUACCCAAUGUCCCAUUCCACCAGGUGAGACCAUGACUUACAACUUCACGGUUCUGCAAACUGGGACGUAUUGGUACCAUUCUCACUCUGGCUCGCAAUACUCCGACGGUCUUCGUGGGCUUCUUAUUGUUGAGCCGAAGGAAAGGGACACCCGUUACGACGAAGAUGUGUCUGUUUCCGUCUGUGAUUGGUACCACCAAGAAUCUCCAGAGAUUAUGAGGACCUUUCUCAGUAGAUACAACCCCACUGGAGCAGAGCCAAUCCCACAGAACGCGUUAUUUAACGACACAAGAAACGCCACUUGGACCAUACAGCGUGGGAAGACGUACCGGUUGAGAAUCGUCAAUACCGGUAUGUUUGUCUCUCAAUACGUGUACAUCGAGGGGCUCAACAUGACUGUGAUAGAGAUUGACGGUGUUGACGUUGAGCCAGUGGAGACAGAUUCUCUUUUAAUUUCUGUGGCACAGAGAUACUCUGUGUUGAUCCGUGUUCCGGAUGAUAUGAAGGUGGAUGUUCUUCGGUUUGUCAAUAUCAUUAACCAGGACAUGUUGGAUUUCCAUCCUGCUGAUUUGGAAAUUGUAUCUACCAAUUGGGUGGAGAUUGAGGGCGGCAACCCAGACACCAAGUUGCCAAAGGCUCUCUCUAGUAAACAUUAUGACGAUAUCUUGAAAACUAUUAAUCCAUUGGAUGAUUUUGGAUUGGUUCCAGUUUCAAGAACUCCGCUUUUCAACCAGCCAGACUACCAGAUUGUUCUCAACUUCACAAUGGACGUGUUGGGAAAUGGUGUCACCUAUGCAAUGUUCAAUGAAUUGUCAUAUACGCCACCAAAAGUGCCUACCCUCAUGUCUGUAUUGUCCGCUGAAGAUGAUGAAUUGGCUUCUAAUUCACAAAUAUAUGGGUCCAACACCAACACGUUUGUGCUUCAAAAGGAUGAAAUUGUUGAGAUUGUUCUUAACAAUAUGGACCCUGGUGAUCAUCCAUUCCAUUUGCAUGGCCAUGUCUUCCAAACAUGUGCUCGUUCCGAGGGUACAGAUGAUGAAGAAAACCCACAAAUGUACGACGGUGUUGACGCAAAGUUCCCUGAAAUCCCCAUGCAAAGAGAUACUGUCGUGGUCAAUGCUAACGGAUACCUUGUGAUCCGGUUCAAGGCAGACAACCCCGGUGUGUGGUUUUUCCAUUGCCAUGUCGAUUGGCAUUUGGAACAAGGAUUGGCUAUUACUUUGGUGGAGGCACCAUCGGAGAUCAGGUCAAUGACCAAGAAAAUGGGUGGCAUUCCACAGGACCAUUGGAAAGCGUGUCAUAAGGGAGGUGUUCCAACUAAGGGUAAUGCGGCUGGAAUCACUUCCAACUGGUUAGACCUUGCUGGUGAAAACACUCAAUUCCAACCAUUACCAGAAGGAUUCACUUCCAGUGGGUAUGUUGCUUUAAUAUUGUCCACCUUUCUCGGGUUGUUUGGGAUUCUUACAAUCUACAAAUACGGUAUGGAAGACAUUCGUAAGGACCAGAACCCUCAACUUGCAAACAAGUUGUAUGCCAUUUUGGAGAAAUAUGGAGGUGUGGAGGAUGAAGCACUCACGAGUUUGAACAGUAGAGGAGAGAGAGUAGUAAGAACUGAUUGA